AAAAAUGACACCUACUCUAUCAGUGUUUGUGUGACAAGUCACCCAAAUUUCGUUGCAAGUAGUCCACAAGUCAAUCAUCACAUCUUUAUUAUCGUUGGCGGCAGCUUUGACUUGCAGCUUCCAAUUCCAAGAGAAGCCUGAUUGAUGACGACUCUUGUUCUUGUUCUUCUUCUUGUCCUCCACCUCCAUUUCGAUCACCAACGCCGGCCCAACGCACACUGAAUUGAACCAGUGAGCGAGGUCCAGCUCGAUCGACCAUGGAGAACCAGCAUCACGCGGCGGUUGCGCGAGGUGGCGAGGAGAGCAUCAGCUCGUCGUCGGUGUGGAUCGAGACCAAGAAGCAGCUCCGCCUGGCCGCGCCGCUCGCCGCGGGGUUCCUCCUGCAGAAGGUGAUCCAGACCAUCUCCAUCAUGUUCGUCGGCCGCCUCGGCGAGCUCCCUCUCGCCGGCGCCUCCCUCGCCACCUCCUUCGCCAGCGUCACCGGCUUCAGCUUGCUGACCAGACAGGCAUGGCGAGCAGCCUGGACACGCUGUGCGGGCAGGCGUUCGGCGCGGGGCAGCACCACCUGCUAGGCAUCUACAAGCAGCGUGCGAUGCUGGUCCUCGCGGCGGUGAGCGUGCCGGUGUCGCUGGUGUGGGCGUACACGGGCGACAUCCUGGUGUGGUUCCGGCAGGACCGCGAGAUCGCGGCGGGCGCCGGCAGCUACAUCCGGUGCAUGGUCCCGGCGCUGUUCCUGUUCGGGCAGCUGCAGUGCCACGUCCGGUUCCUGCAGCCGCAGAACGUGGUGGUGCCCGUCAUGCUCAGCUCCGGCGCCACCGUCGCCGUGCACGUCGCCGUCUGCUGGCUGCUCGUCCGCAGGCUCGGACUGGGUGCCGACGGCGCCGCGCUGGCCAACGCCGUCUCUAACCUUGUCAACCUCUCCGCCCUCGCGCUGUACAUCAGGCUCUCGCCGUCCUGCAAGGCCACCUGGCUGGGGUUCUCCCGCCAGGCGUUCCAUGGCAUCCUCGGGUUCUUGAAGCUCGCCAUGCCUUCGGCUGCCAUGGUCUGUAUGGAGUGGUGGUCCUUCGAGUUCCUAGUUCUGCUUUCCGGCCUCCUCCCGAACCCCAAGCUUGAGACGGCCGUCAUGUCUAUCUGCUUCAACACUUACGUCUUCGCAUUCAUGUUCCCAAUGGGACUUGGUGCUGCAGCAAGCAUACGCGUCUCAAACGAGCUUGGUGCAGGACGGCCACCGGCGGCCCGGCUGGCGACUCGGGUGGUGAUGCUCUUGGCGUUCUCGCUGGGCGUAUCGGAGGGUCUCGUCAUGGUGCUGGCGCGCACUCUGCUCGGCUACGCCUACACCAACGACAAGGAGGUCGUCUUGUACACCGCCAGACUGAUGCCGAUCCUCGCGGCCUGCACAUUAUUGGACUGCCUCCAGUGCGUCCUGUCAGGUACGAUCACAAGUGUUGUUAGGGGUUGUGGCCGACAAAAGAUUGGUGCCUUUAUCAACCUUGCUGCAUUCUAUAUUGUCGGCAUCCCUGUGGCGGCCAUCUUUGCCUUUGUUUGCCAUCUUGGUGGAAUGGGUCUUUGGUUUGGGAUCUUGAUCGGAGUAGCAGUGCAGAUGGUCUUGCUCCUUUGCAUCACCUUGUACACCAACUGGAACAAAGAAGUAUUGAAAGCAAAUGACAGAGUUUUCAGUUGUCCUCUGCCUGUCGACGACACGAUAACAUCAGGUUGUAGCGAGCAGGGAAAUGGAUGUAAUUUUGUUGGGAAUAAGCAGGAUGAUGCUAAUGGAGCAAUUGAGCGGACAAAUGGUUUGAACAAAGGUUGAUGGCAAUAAUUCUGGUUUUCUAGAGAUUAGUUGUAGGCUGGUAAGUGGUAAUAUGUAGCAUCAAGUGGAAUGUACUCACUGCUUUGUCUUCAUUUGAAAGCAGAGCAAACCUAGGGGGUCAUGGGUUUCUUUUUUCCCCCAAUAGGUUCAGCAUUUUUUGUGCA